AUGUUUUUCAAUGUUUACAAAAACAACACGGACUCCAGUUGGAACUACACAUUGGAUGCAGCCGUCUGCAAGGAUGCCUGCAACGAACGAGUUCCGUUGCUACACGAUCCUUCAAUCAUUAGUCAACCAGCCCUUCUGGGAGCCGGCAGAGAAAACGCAUUUGCACCAAAUUUGUCACCGCCCGUGUAUCACCCGUCGGAAAACUGGAAACCAACACCGGCCGGAACACACGUCGUACUGAUGAAGGACGCAUCGCUGACCCGAAACGGAUCAGCCAACUUUAUUCAACCGGCACAGCAACAGGGUGCAGUGAUGAUAGUCUACGGACUCGAUAACAACACAGCUAACACCGAUAAGCUGUUCCAUCUGUUCUGCCUGUACGGAAAUUUUGUCAGGAAAUUCCUGAAGACCAAAGAGGGUACCACCGUGGUUCAGAUGCGAGACGCCAUCACAGUCAACCCAGUCAAACGUAGCAUCCAGCACUCGAACAACAUUGAAUGA